CAGCAGCCUCUCAGUUCAGAGGGAAAGCUUUUCUUCUCGCAGCAGCAGCAGCGGGGAUUUUGUGACUGCACACGCCGGAUAUUCAUCACAUUUAAAAAAAACAAGACGAGACAAGCAGGACUCCUCCCGGGCUCCUGAACCCUACCCCUCACCACCUCCCUGAUUUGGGCCUUCGUUUUCUUUUUUUUUUUUUUCUCAUAUAAUUUUUUCUUAUAUUUGAACGUGUCCUCCUGCUGACAGUUGGUCUGUGGCGCACUCAGGCUGCUUUUGCUGACAUGGUAGAUUAUCACGCUGCCAAUAAUCAAUCGAGCGGAGGUCCGCCGACCUACAUGGAGCAAGAGAAUGACUGGGACCGGGACAUGCUCCUGGACCCGGCCUGGGAGAAGCAGCAGAGGAAGACCUUCACUGCCUGGUGUAACUCCCACCUGAGGAAAUCCGGAACGCAGAUCGAGAACAUCGAGGAGGACUUCAGAGAUGGACUCAAACUCAUGCUGCUGCUGGAGGUCAUCUCAGGAGAACGGUUACCCAAGCCCGAGCGAGGAAAGAUGAGGGUCCACAAGAUCAACAAUGUCAAUAAAGCUCUGGACUUCAUCGCCAGCAAGGGAGUCAAACUGGUCUCUAUCGGAGCAGAGGAAAUCGUGGAUGGAAAUGCAAAGAUGACCCUGGGAAUGAUCUGGACCAUCAUCCUCCGCUUCGCCAUCCAGGACAUCUCUGUAGAAGAGACUUCUGCGAAGGAGGGUCUCCUCUUGUGGUGCCAGAGGAAGACCGCUCCCUACAAGAAUGUCAAUGUGCAGAACUUCCACAUUAGCUGGAAGGACGGCCUCGCCUUCAACGCUCUGAUCCACAGACACAGACCUGAUCUCAUCGACUACGACAGCCUCAGAAAGGACGACCCCGUGACCAAUCUGAACAACGCCUUUGAGGUGGCUGAGAAGCACCUGGACAUCCCCAAGAUGUUGGACGCAGAAGACAUUGUGAACACUGCUCGUCCAGAUGAGAAAGCCAUUAUGACUUAUGUGUCCAGUUUCUACCAUGCCUUCUCUGGAGCACAGAAGGCCGAGACAGCCGCUAAUCGCAUCUGCAAAGUGCUGGCUGUCAACCAGGAGAACGAGCAGAUGAUGGAGGACUACGAGAAGCUGGCCAGUGAGCUGCUGGAGUGGAUCCGUCGUACGAUCCCCUGGCUGGAGAACAGAACCCAGGAGAAGACCAUGAAUGACAUGCAGGCCAAACAGGAGGACUUCAGAGACUACCGCCGUGUCCACAAACCACCUAAGGUCCAGGAGAAAUGUCAGCUGGAGAUCAGCUUCAACACUCUGCAGACUAAACUGAGGCUCAACAACAGACCUGCCUUCAUGCCGUCAGAGGGACGCAUGGUGUCUGAUAUCAACGGAGCGUGGCACACUCUGGAGGGAGCAGAGAAAGGUUACGAGGAGUGGAUCCUCAGCGAGAUCAGACGUCUGGAGAGACUCGAGCACUUGGCUGAGAAGUUCCACCAGAAGGCCGCCAUCCAUGAAUCCUGGACGGAUGGUAAAGAGGCCAUGUUGACCCAGAAAGACUACGAGACCAGCACCCUGUCAGAAGUGAAGGCGUUGCUACGGAAACACGAGGCCUUCGAGAGCGACCUGGCAGCUCAUCAGGACAGAGUGGAGCAGAUCGCCGCCAUCGCACAGGAGCUCAACGAGCUGGACUACUACGACUCUGCCAGCGUCAACGCUCGCUGUCAGAAGAUCUGUGAUCAGUGGGACUCGCUGGGAGCGCUCACCCAGAGCCGCAAAGAGUCACUGGAGAGGACAGAGAAGCAGCUGGAGUCGAUAGACGAGCUUUACCUGGAGUACGCCAAGAGGGCAGCACCCUUCAACAACUGGAUGGAGGGAGCCAUGGAGGACCUGCAGGACAUGUUCAUCGUCCACAACAUCGAGGAGAUCCAGGGUCUGAUCACGGCCCAUGAGCAGUUCAAGUCCACCCUCCCGGAGGCCAACAAGGAGCGGGAGGCCAUCCAGGCCAUCCAGUCCGAGGUGCAGAAGAUCGCCCAGAGCAACGGCAUCAAGCUGGGCAGCGCCAACCCUUACACCACCAUCACACCCGAGAGCAUCGACAACAAAUGGGCAAAGGCGAUGGACAUGGUGCCGCAGCGUGACAAAGCUCUGCAGGAGGAGCUCAACAAGCAGAACAACAACGACAGCCUGCGGGCCAAGUUUGCCACUCAGGCCAACACGGUCGGCGCCUACAUCCAGGCCAAGAUGGAGGAAAUCGGCAGGAUAUCUAUCGAGAUGAACGGCACUCUGGAGGACCAGCUGACCAGCCUGAAGGAGUACCAGAAGAGCAUCAUGUCCUACAUGCCCGAGAUCAACACGCUGGAGGGAUACCACCAGCUCAUCCAGGAGGCCCUCAUCUUCGACAACCAGUACACCUCCUACACGAUGGAGCACCUCCGUGUGGGUUGGGAGCAGCUGCUCACAACCAUCGCCAGAACCAUCAACGAGGUGGAGAACCAGAUCCUGACGCGUGACGCCAAGGGCAUCAGCCAGGAGCAGCUCUUCGAGUACCGCGCCUCCUUCAACCACUUUGACAAGGACCACGGCGGGACCCUGCAGGCCGAGGAGUUCAAAGCCUGUUUGAUCAGUCUGGGCUACGAUGUGGAGAACGACAAGCAGGGCGACUCCGAGUUUGCUCGCAUCAUGGGUAUAGUGGAUCCCAACGGCAGCGGCGCCGUCACCUUCCAGGCCUUUAUUGACUUCAUGUCGAGGGAAACGACCGACACGGACACCGCGGACCAGGUCAUCGCCUCCUUCAAGAUCCUGGCUGCUGAUAAGACCUUCAUCACCGCCGACGAGCUGAGGAGGGAGCUUCCCCCCGACCAGGCGGAGUACUGCAUCGCCCGCAUGGCGCCCUACACCGGGCCCGACGCUGUCCCCGGAGCCCUCGACUACAUGUCCUUCUCCACCGCCCUGUACGGAGAGAGCGACCUGUAAAGGAGGAAGAGGAGGGCUGGACAGAUGAGGGAGGGGGGGGGGGGGGGGGGGGGUGAGGGUCUUUCUGUUCGCAGAGGAGACGCCAGGAAUGGAAGGUUUUGGAAGGAUUUGAGUGGUUGUGAGGUGCCCCUGCGUGUGCCGGUUUAGAAAUCAUCAGAAAAAGGAUUCAGAGAUGUUGAUUGGACUGUAGUUUUGGUUUUUGGCUCUGCGGGAUGUUUUUCAGCUCCGUUACGUCGUUUUCAGGUCGAGAGGGAUCAAGGUCAAUUUGUCAUAAAGUUUAUAUAAACGCCGUCUCCGGGGGGGCAGCUGUGGGGACGAGGGGAACAGACGUCUACGGUGCGGGUCCUUAGCUUCACCCUGUCUGCCUUCAUGGGGGUCAAACAGGGGGGAGGACGGGGGGGUUAGGACUGGGGGGGAGGGGGGGAGGGGCACAAGCUAAUCUGAUACUUAUGCUAAUUUUUGUUUAUUUUAUUAUAAUUUUUUCUUCUUGCCAGGUGGGGGUCAGGGCGUACGGCGGCGGGGGCGGGGCAGUGUGGGGUUUGACGUGGCGACUGGCGAGGUUUGUGUAUUAGAUCCUAGAGAGAUAUAUGCUGCGGGGAGGGGGGGCGGGCGGGCGGGGAGUUGACCAACCAGAGAUAAAAAUGACAUAUUUACCCAUAAUUCCCCAUGUUGCUGGAUAAGGUGACCUGUCUAACCUCAAGCUCUUUUUCCUCCUCCUGUCUUUUUGUUUAUGACUUUUUUCGUUUGUUUUCCGGGGGGGCAGGCGGGUGUGGCGGGGGUGGGGCGGGGUCAGUGCAGGUGGGAGGGGCCGGGGGGGGGGGGGGCUCAGCGCUGUACAUACUUCUUUUGUUUUUUCAGUGCGAAGAAUGACACGAACACGGUCCAAUUUGUUGGGAAAUAAUCAGCGCAGGCUUUCCAGUAGAGCAAAGUAGAGACAUUUAUUAGAUAAUAAAAUGAGAAAAUACAACAAAAAUGUAAAGCCAAUGACGGUGACACACACAGAGCAGUUUCUACAGUGGAUAGGUUUGAGCUUCCAGACAUUUGUUUUCCAUUUCCAAAUUAUGAAAAUGCACAAAAGUUGAUGCUAGUGUAUCUUCUCCAUGAUGGGCAUAAUUAUCCACCCAUAUUUUCCUCCUGGGUUUGGCAUCAGGUGCUUACUCAAACACAGAACUUAUACAUUAAUAUGAUAGUUGAGACAAAGUUAGUCCAGUUUUAUAUUCCAGAAAACACACACACAUGAUAGAAGUAUAUUAAUGUCACAGAUGUAUUUGAUUGGCUGAAUGAAGCGUCUCGCACUUCCUGGAUUGAAAGGGGUUUGCAUAGUGCCGCACUUUGGAGAGCUCCCCAUGUGAUGGAAUAAAACGUGCCUGUUGGGUUUCUGCAGCCCUGUCCCUCCUUCUCUGUCUCUUGACUUUCUCCCUACCUCACACUCCCACUCUCUCCCUCCCUUCCCUUCCUCCCCCCCCCUCUUCUCUCCCCUCUGCCUCCCUCAUUUAUCUCUGAAGAAAAGGGAAAGAAAAUUUACUGAGGAAAAGAGGGAGGGGAACGAUCGUGGGAGGGGGGUCUGUAUGUAAACAUUCCAUUAUGUGCAAAUAAAAAAUAUCACAAAAAAAGGAAAAUUGUUGUGUAAAAAAAAAAAAAACUAUGCAAUCAUAACGUGUUCAAUAUCUGAGUUGUGGGGGGAAAAGCUGCGGGCAUCAAAUGUGAGGACGUCUCCUGGUAAAUUAAACAGAGGAUAUCAGAUUUCUCCGGUGUGUGUGUGUGUUGGCUGUUAAGAGGGUGAGGAGGGGGAGACGGAGGGAGGGAGGCACAGACAGGGAAGGAACUGAGAAGAAAAGACUCGGACCAAAAGCUUGUUUCUUUUUUUUUCUUUCUCUUUUUUUUUCCCCUGCGAGGUUGGAGAGAAAUGAACUCUGGAAUUGUGAUUUUUCUUUUUUUUGUACUCUUUAAUAUCAAACCUUAUCUGCUGUACUGGAAACUGCAAACGCCUUCUGUCUCUAAUGAUAAGUGAGUUUCACAAAGCACACAUAAAAAGUUUCCUUACAAAAUA